CGGCGUUCCUACACCCGCAUGCGCAUUGCGCAGGCGUACAGUGCACCACCAUCAGUCCCUCCAUAUCCCCUGAUAACAGCGAAGGUGAGACAACUGAAAAAUAAAAAUAGUUGAUAAACAUCAUGGUGCUGAAUCCAGUCAUUUCCAAACUUGUAGGGAAGCGUGUGGUCCUUGCCAGUGCUUCACCACGCCGAAGGGAAAUUUUGACCAACGUUGGUCUUAGGUUUGAAGUGGUGCCAUCAUGGUUUAGGGAGACGCUUGACAAGUCCUCUUUUAAAAUGCCAUAUGAUUAUGCAACAGAAACCGCAAGGGAAAAAGCCCUUGAAGUGGCGAAAAGGAUGCACUUGAAACACCUCAAGACUCCAGAUAUCGUAAUUGGAGCAGACACUAUUGUGUCUAUUGACGGUGACAUUCUUGAGAAGCCUGCAGAUAAACAAGCUGCGCACACUAUGCUGUCAAGACUGAGCAAUAAAGAACAUAGUGUCUUCACCGGGGUUGUAAUCAUCCAAUGCAGCUGCAAAAAUGAUAACCAAUUGGAGACCAAAAUUGAUGAUUUUUAUGAAGAAACAAAAGUAAAGUUUUCUGAUCUGUCCGAAGAACUUCUCUGGGAGUACAUUCACAGUGGUGAGCCAAUGGACAAGGCCGGUGGCUAUGGAAUCCAGGCGCUUGGUGGAAUGCUAGUUGAAUAUGUUCAUGGUGACUUUCUAAAUGUUGUAGGAUUUCCCUUAAAUCACUUCUGCAAGAAGCUGGGUGAAAUCUACAACCCACCUGUAAGUCAGUGUAUCGCAGACCACUCUAUUCCCAGUUGCGAAGGCCUCAGUGAUCUUCAGCAUGACUCUGAAAACCACAAGGAGAGUGAAACAGCUGAAAAGAAGCUGAAAGCUGACCAAGUUGGAGCAUCAGAAGAGGUGGCAAGUGGCCUGAGCAUGGUGAAACCACACAGUUUUCCUGAGGCAAAGGGUCCAGCGGAACUGCUCCACUCUUUACCAGAUGCCUUUACCAUUAAUGAGAUGAAUGUGAAGUGGCUUCAUAAAAUCGGAGACCUAGUGGAUGCUUUUAAAGCAUCAAAGGUCUUAUUCACAGCUUCUAAACUGAAAGUAUUUGAUGUAUUGAGUACACAAUAUGGAUUACAUGUUUCAAAAGUUGCUCAGAGAUUAGAGGCCACAGUGGAAGGGACAGAAUGCCUCCUGGAUGCCUGUGUAUCACUUAACUUGCUUAAAAAAUCCUCAGGAACUUCACAGGUGUACAAGAACACACAAUUUGCUGACACAUAUCUGGUGUCAGACAGUGAAAAUUCUAUACAUGACUAUAUUAUCUACGCUAAUGACCACAUUUGGCCACUUUUCACACAUCUGGAUUCAGCCAUAAAGGAAGGCUCCUAUGGAAAAACGGCUGACAAUUUAUUUCAGAAUUCAGAACAAACACUGUCCUUUAUGUCUGCAAUUAACUGCCUUAUCAAAGUGACAGGAAAUGACAUUGUCACGGCAUUUGAUCUUUCAUCAUUUAAAACAGCUUGUGACUUAGGAUGCGCUGGAGCUUUAACAUAUCAAAUGGCAAAUGCAUAUCAAGAUAUGACACUCAUAGUAUUUAACCAGCCACAAAUGUUGGAGAAGAUUAAGUACUUCCAACCACAAGGCCAAAACCUGUGUCGAAUUACUUUCAAAGAAGGAGACCUCUUCACAGAUGACCUACCAGAGGCAGACCUUUACAUUCUGUCAAAUAUUCUUCAUCUCUGGGCGGAAGACGAGAUUGAUCUCUUAUUAAGCAGACUCUCUCAGAGGUGCAAGCCAGGAGGUGGCCUACUCCUAGCUGAGCUUGUGCUGUGUGACCGGAAGACCAAGUCCAGCAGGGCAGCACUUCAGUCCCUCAACACGUUUGUGCAAAGUGCUGGGAGAGAGAGGGGUGGAUCAGAGUACAGGAAGCUCUUAAAUAAGUAUGGCUUCACAGCUGUACAGAUCAAGCACACAGAAGCUUUUCUGGAUGCCAUCUUCUGUAUAAAGCAAUAAUUUUCUCAUUGCAAUUUAUGAAUAAAUGGUGGUCUUUUUCUUAAAUGAAGGGCAAAAUGUAUUUGUGAGCACAUGAGCACUUGAUUCCAAUGGAGUGGGGCAGUAAGGUUGGUUAAACUUUUGGUAACAUUGUGGUUUCUGUAAAAUGAACUUGAUAUUAAAUGAUUGCUUUUUUUUUAUUAA